ACUCAGUCGAGAAGUGGUGGCGAGCAGGGCUACACGCUUUGUCCACAGAGCUGUGCUUUAGGAACUGGAGCCAUGGCAACCGCAAUGGCAGAAGCGGAGACGCGUCAGCGUUUGCUCAGGACUGUCAAGAAGGAGGUCAAGCAGAUCAUGGAGGAGGCCGUCACCAGGAAGUUUGUUCAUGAAGACAGUAGCCAUAUUGUGUCAUUCUGUGCUGCUGUGGAGGCAUGCAUCUUGCACGGGCUGAAGCGCCGAGCGGCCGGCUUCCUGCGUAGCAACAAGGUUGCGGCACUCUUCACCAAAGUGGCCAAGAGCUUCCCCCCCGCCGAAGAGCUGUGCCGAAAGGCCCAGGAGCUGGAGCAGCUCAUCGAGAGCAAGAGGAGUCAGACCUUGCCUCGCCAGGACAGCAAUCGCAAGCUGCCCAAGUUUCCCAAUUUCUCCCCCCAUGGCUUCAAACACCUUUGGAUCCGCACCGCCCUCAUAGAGAAGGUGCUGGACAAGAUCGUGCUCUACCUGGUGGAGAACAGCAGUAAGUUCUAUGAGAAGGAAGCCAUUAUGAUGGAUCCUGUGGAUGGACACAUUCUUGCCUCUUUGUUAGUGGGGCCCUGUGCUCUGGAGUACACUAAGAUGAAGACAGCGGAUCACUUCUGGACUGACCCGUCUGCGGACGAGCUGAUGCAGAGACACCGCAUCCACAGUGGCCACUCUCGGCAGGACUCCCCCACUAAGAGGCCCGCCUUAUGCAUCCAGAAGAGGCAUUCUAGCAGUAGCAUCGAUGAGAGGCCCUCUCCCUCCCCUUCUGCAAGGGACUAUGUGGAGUCACUCCACCAGAACAACAGAGCAACGCUCCUGUUCGGCAAGAACAACGUGCUUGUGCAGCCGAGGGAUGACAUGGAGGCCAUCCCAGGGUACCUCUCUCUCCACCAGACGGCCGAUGUCAUGACCCUGAAGUGGACACCCAAUCAGUUGAUGAAUGGAUCAAUGGGAGAUCUGGAAUAUGAGCGGAGUGUUUACUGGGACUAUGCUAUGACUAUUCCUUUGGAGGAAAUAGUCUAUCUACACUGUCAUCAACAAGUGGACAGCGGUGGCACGGUGGUGCUGGUGAGCCAGGACGGGAUCCAGAGGCCCCCACUGCGCUUCCCCAAAGGGGGCCACCUCCUGCAGUUCCUGUCCUGCCUGGAGAACGGCCUGCUCCCCCACGGCCAGCUGGACCCACCGCUCUGGUCCCAGAGAGGAAAGGGUAAGGUGUUCCCUAAACUGAGAAACAGGGUUACUCAGGGUUCCUAUGACUCCAUCUCUGAUAAGGAAGAAGAUGAGGCCACAGACUAUGUCUUCCGCAUCCUGUUUCCCAACAGCCAAUCAGAAUUUGUAACUAUCACCCACCCCUCCCAUGCCACAGUGGGGUGCAGCCUCCUGUCCCGCACCCUCUCCCAGCAUGCCCCACCUAAGCUGCAGGUCCUGGUGGUCCCCAGGCACUUCUGCAGCUGUCCGGGGGGGACCCCGGUUACUCCAGAGCGAGCCUCAACACCAGACCUAAUGGACCAGGGGGCCACCAUGUGGCAACCCACCCCCAGAAAGUCCUCCUGCUCUUCCUGUUCCCAGAGCAGCUUCUCUGAGGGAGGGCCUCCCAAUGGCUGCAACCACGACAGAGCUCCCCUCAAACUACUCUGUGAUAACAUGAAGUAUCAAAUCAUCUCCAGGGCUUUUUAUGGCUGGUUGGCCUACUGUCGCCACCUGUCUACAGUGCGCACUCACCUCUCGGCCCUGGUGAACCACACCAUCGUGGACCCCGAUGUCCCCUGUGAUGCCUACGGGGGCCUCACCACUGACGUCUGGCAGAGCUUCCUACAGGACUGUAGCUCUUACGAGGAGACGGAGCUGUUGAGGCUAGUGUACUUUGGAGGCGUGGAGCCCUCGCUGCGUAAGGAGGUUUGGCCUUUCCUCCUGGGCCACUACCAGUUCGGCAUGUCUGUGACCCAGAGGAAAGAGGUGGACGAGCAGGUGCGCCUGUGCUACGAGCAGACCAUGAGCGAGUGGCAGGGCUGCGAGGCCAUCGUGAAGCAGCGGGAGCGGGAGCAGCACGCUGUCGCUCUGGCCAAGUGCUCCUCCGUGGCCAGCAUAGACAGCACAUCCCAGAAGCUCCUGCACAGGGACUCCACGCUCAGCAACGAGUCCUCGCAGAGUUGCAGCUCAGACAGACAGAAUAACGCUCGACUCCAGAGUGACUCCAGCAGCAGCACACAGGUGUUCGAGUCAGUGGAGGAGGUGGAGCAGAUUGAGACGGAGCCCAAGGGCGACGAGCUCAAGCAGGCGCCCAAAAUGCCCAACGGGGCGCUCCAUAACGGCACCAGCUCCCCGGACUCGGGGCACCCUUCCUCCAGGAACUUCUCCGUGACCUCUGGCCUCUCCGAUUCGCUGAGCACGGAGGACAGCGGCGUGCACGAACCCAGUACCCGGAGCACGGGCGUGCCCCAGCAAGCGGCCGCACCGGCGCAGGCGCCACUACAAAGACACCAGGCACAGUCACCAGCGCCCCCGGGUUCCUCUGUCAGCGCCGAGCCCGAAACCCCACAGAAUAAACGUGAAGACCAAGCACAGCAAUCACAGAUGGCGACGGAGGAGAAAGACAGUGUAGAGCAGGAGAAGGAGGAAGCCGACAUGACCACAAACGAGGGGAAAGAGGCUGAGAUGGAGGAGGAGAGCCAUGCCAAAUCAAAAGAAACAGAGAAGGAGGAGGGGUCAAAGGUCAACGAUAGUGUCGUGGAGACUACAGUGGCACUAGUGACAGAGGAGAGGAAAGCAGAAUGCCUGAAAGAAGAGGCUGAGGAACCAAAAGCCGUUGAAGAGAUCGCCAAACCCACAGAGACAAAGAGGGAGAGUGAAAGAGAGGAAAGUGGGAAGGCAGAUACAGGUGCUGAAGUAAUGGUGUCAGAAACAGGUGAACACAAGGACACAAUGGAGGCUUCUGGAACAAUGGAUCUUAGCAGUGACGGGGUGGAAGUACUGGAGACCGAAACAAAAGAGGGAACCACAUUAGAGACAGAUAAAACUAUUCAAAAACAAGAGGCUGAGACAGUGGAGACAGGGAAAUCUAUUGAAACAAAAGAGAGCAUGACAUCAGAGAUAGAAACAGCUAAUGAAACUCAAGAGGAUGUUACCUCAACGGUAGAGAAGCCGUCUGAAAUAAAUGAGGACGAGACAUCAGACACGAAGAAGGAAAUUAUAUCAGAGACAGAGAAGACCUGUACACCCAUCAAGACAGAAGCAGAGCCUGUGGAAAGUCAAUCCACAGACCCACAGGUCCCAGGAAUAAAAGAAGAUACACCACUUACCGCUGAUGAAGUGGCGGAAUCCAUGAUGGAGAAAGCAUUAGAGACAGACAGUGACACAAAUGAGAAUAAAGCAACAGAGGAAGGACAGGCUGUGGAAACAGUGAACGCAGACGUGGCCUCACUAACAGAGGAAAAUGACACAUCAAAAACCGAGGAGACUACAGAGGCACAAGAGAGAGAGGCAGCAAUGCCUGUAGAGGAUGAGGAGUCUGCAGAGAUGAAGGAGGCGGGUGCCCUGACAACAGAGACCGCUGCUGAUGAAACAGAGAAUAGUACGCCAGCAGCACAAGACAACACAGACACAAGGGGAGACAUGGCAACAGGCUGCGAUGCUAAAUCAGGUAGAGAUGACACCUCUGUUUUAAAAGAAGCCACAGUAACACAGGAAGAUGUGACAUCAGAUGCACAGAAGUCAGACAGAGAAGGACAGGAAAUGACAUCAGAUGUGGGGACAGACGUGUCAAAGGGGGCGGACACAGAAGAGACGACGGCAACAUAUAAAGAAAAGACCACAAAAGAAGAUGAGGCAGAAGCAAAGGAUGCUGGGACAGAAGAGAGCAGACCUCCUUUUGUAUCAGCAGCAGUAUCAGCAGCAGUUGCUAAGGGCACACAGGUCACCAGAGUGCUGGAGGUGGUCAGGGUUCACCAGCCAGAGAUGGCUUCAGCUGCCUCGGACCUGGAUGAUUCUCCAUCGGCCAUCGAGAUGGAGGACAUCCCCACGGCGCGGAUGCCCAAGGCCUUGUGGGAGGAAAAGCCCUCGUCUGAAGGUGCGGGGGACAAGGCUGAAGGUGCCCCCGUACCUGCGCUUGAACUUGGACUAGAGCAGGGUGGUAAGCCAAGCCCAGAAGGCCCAGGGUCUGCCCUGUCCGAGGAGCCAGAGAUGGAGAGCUUCUACCCCCCGUUUGACUCCCUUGCUGUGGUAACUGAUAAGACUGAAGCCACCUCUCCAGUGUCUACUGGAACUACCUACUCUCAAGAGCUUUUGGACAUGUACACUCUCAAUCUUCACCGCAUUGAGAAGGACGUCCAGCGCUGUGACAGGAACUACUGGUACUUCACCCCGGCUAACCUGGAGAAACUCCGUAACAUUAUGUGCAGUUACAUCUGGCAGCACCUGGAGAUUGGAUAUGUGCAGGGUAUGUGUGACCUCCUGGCCCCUCUGCUGGUCAUCCUGGAUGACGAGGCGUUGGCUUUCAGUUGUUUCACUGAGCUCAUGAAGAGGAUGAACCAAAACUUUCCGCACGGCGGGGCGAUGGACACUCACUUCGCCAACAUGAGAUCUCUGAUUCAGAUCCUGGACUCGGAGCUCUUCGAGCUGAUGCACCAGAACGGAGAUUACACCCACUUCUACUUCUGCUACCGCUGGUUCCUGCUUGACUUCAAAAGAGAGCUAGUUUACGAUGAUGUGUUCUCUGUGUGGGAGACCAUCUGGGCUGCCAAGUACGUCUCCUCCAGCCAUUUUGGGCUGUUCAUCGCCCUCUCUCUGGUGGAGAUCUACAGAGACAUCAUUCUGGAGAACAACAUGGACUUCACAGACAUCAUCAAGUUCUUCAAUGAAAUGGCCGAGCACCACAACAUGAAGCAGAUUCUCACCCUAGCAAGAGACUUGGUGUGCCAAGUCCAGACUCUCAUUGAAAACAAGUAACUGAGAGCCAGCAUCUCUUUCUAACUCUCUUUCUCCCUCUCUCUCUCUCUCUCAAAAGAAGAAGCUUCCCGCUGUCCCUUGCUGCAUCACACAAACAGGAGUCUGAUAGACUUCUUAGGCCUUAAGCAAUUUUAAACCUCACGAUGGAGGAACUGAAGUCUCCUCUUCCAUUACUCCAAUGUACCUUAUACAGUACCACUCCAGCAUUCUCUUAGACAGCGUAAAACUCACCAAUCAUGGUUGACCGUUUCAACUCCUCACUACAGCUGACUUCACAGCUGAAUGAUUUCAGCAUGUUAGCCUGUUUCUGGAUCUUCUUCGGUGAUGGUAAUGAUGAUGUUCAAGUGUUUCUCUCUGCUAAAACCGCUCCAGUCCGGGUGCUGCGUCUUCACUCUGUGGCUGAGCUUGCGUGAUUUCAGACCGCGGCUCCUAAGUGUUCUGUCCAUUUUUGUCAGUUUUUCUGUGUAUCGUUGUGUAGGGGUUUAUAGCUUUUUUUGAACAGUCCUUGUUUGUGUGUGUGUGUGCGCGUGUGUGUGUGUGUGUCUGUGUGUGAUCAACAUGCUAAAUGCAAGGUCAGUUUGUUACCCAUCAGUCCGUUUCCAGCUUCGAUGUUCAACAGACAAGGAGCGUUUCCUUUGAUUUAAUGAUACAGCAAUGUUAGCACACUGGUGGAACUCUAGAUGCAGAGGAUACAGCUUCAUCCAUCUUACAUAAAUCACUUCACUCGUGUUUAAGAGGAAGUUAAGUAGAAUGUCAAUUGUAUCAUCUGUAUCCCACACAACUCUCUUUUCACAAUUCUACCUACCACAUAUCAUAUAUCAGCAGUAUAUCACAGAACAAUUUACCAAAUUCAACACAACAAACAUACAGUAUGGGGCCCUAAUGUCAUUGACGGACAACGAGCAAUAAGCAAUGUCUGCCAUGCAUGAGCUAAAGCUAUUGUGUGGGGCAUUGCGCUGACCCACCAAUGUUUGCGCUUAGAAGCUUGCUCAUGGUAUUAUAUUAGCAAAAUUAUUUAAAGUUAUUAUAUUAGCUCUAGCCCAUAUGCGUCAGGCUUUGCUCAUCGCCAGUUGCCCUUCAAUGGAAUUAGGGCCCCUUGUCUUACAGGGGAAUUCAGCAGGCAUAUAGCUGUGCCAUUAUCUAUUUAUGACAUUGUCAUUCACAACUCACUUUUCACAAUUCUACCUACCACAUAUCAUAUAUCAGCAGUAUAUCACAUAUAUUUCAGGGGAAUACUCCAGCAUAUAUCGGUGCCAUUAUUUGUUUCUGAGUUCAUGCCAUUUAAAGGAAAGGAAGAAACAAGAACAAUGUGUUGGUCUUACGCCCAAGUCUAUUGAUCAGGGGGAAACAUUGUGUUGGUCUUACACCUAAGUCUAUUGAUCAGGGGGAAACAUUGUGUUGGUCUUACACCUAAGUCUAGUGAUCAGGGGGAAACAUUUCCAAAGGAAUUGUGUGGAAGUAUAAAACCACAUCAGUGUACUCCAUUGUACGUGCUAAUUUCUACAAUAUUUCUGUUAAACGGUUGAAGUUUGUGUGUGUGUGUUAGGGAGUGAGUGCAUAUAUGUGUAUGGGUGUGUUAGUUGAAGGAAGUGCCAAAGUAGAGGCAAUUUAAAAAAAAUACAGCGCUUCAUUUAUAUAGAUAUAUUUAUUAUACAUCAGAGAACCGUAUAUUAUGUACAUGUGACCAGGUUACUUGAGUGAGAAGAAACUCUGACCAGUGCUUUUAUUUAUUUUCAUUACUCUGUGAUGUAUUGUAUAUAAUGCAAACGGCAUUGCUCACAGAUGAUCUAGUAACGUACUUCUGUCUUUUUCUGCAUAAGUCCUUUGUAUGAGACUUUCCAAAUGCAAAUGUUGUCUAAGGGCAUUUAGGCUUUAUAUUGCAUGCCCUUCAGCUUUCUAUUUUUGCUAUAAUGCUGAGUACAAUGCUUUGUGGAGAAGAAUUAUUAACGUGAUUGGAAACACAAUACUGAAAAUGUGAUUGUGUGUACGUGUAUGUGUGUGUGUUUAUGUUGCACCUUCCCGGAACACCAGCCAUGAUGCAUUUAUCACAGGUAUAAUUCUAUGGACCAUUCCAUCCUAUAGUAUGUCUCAGAGCCUGACAUGUUACUGGUUCUACAAGCAUUAGUUAAUUCAUAGAUUUAGAUGUCAGGCGUUGAAUAUUGAUGGUUCUUUGUGAUAGCAAGCUGUUACAUGUUACCAUUGUGAGAGAAAACAGUUAUUUGUAUAUUGUGUCUUAUUUAUUUACUUGCUUAUUUAUUAAUUUGUUUGUUUCCGCUUUUGUACGUACAGCUAUUAUAUUUGUUAUAUUGUGGUUGGUUAUUGAUAUAUCUUACACAGUCACAUCCUAUAUAUCUACUAAAUGGUCUAUGUGUUUAUAUAAAAAAAGAUAUAAUAAAAUGGAAUUGUUCUAUUUUUUCCAA